AUGGAAAAAAGUAAUAAUGUUACUGAAUUUAUUCUCUUGGGUCUUUCCCAGAAUAAGAAAGUCCAAAUCCUCUGCUUUUUAUUUUUUUUACUCUGUUAUCUAACUAUUUGGUUGGGAAACCUGAUUAUCAUGAUUUCUAUCACAUGGAGUCAACUAAUCAGUCAGCCCAUGUAUUUCUUUCUCAGUUAUCUUGCCGUCUCCGACCUUUUCUACACCUCCACUGUGACACCCAAACUGAUGACUGACUUAAUUACAGAUAGAAAGGUCAUUUCCUACAACAACUGCAUGACACAGCUUUUUAUCACACACUUCUUUGGGGGUGUUGAAGUCUUCAUCCUCACAGGAAUGGCCUAUGACCGCUAUGUCGCCAUCUGCAAACCACUCCACUAUGCCAUCAUCAUGAAUAGGCAGAGGUGUAACUCAAUUCUCAUGGCAUCUUGUGCAGGGGGAUUUUUGCAUUCCCUUGGCCUGUUUCUUCUUACAAUUUUUUUACCUUUCUGUGGUCCCAAUGAAAUAGAUCACUUUUUCUGUGAUGUAUAUCCUUUACUGAAACUGGCCUGUACUGAUACACACAAGAUCGGUUUCUUAGUCAUUGCCAAUUCUGGCCUGAUGGGAUUGGUGAUCUUCCUCGUUUUGAUGACUUCCUACUUUAUGAUAUUAUAUCAUGUGAGAGCAUAUUCUGUAGAAAGUCGCCAUAAAGCACUUUCUACAUGCAGUUCCCACAUCACAGUAGUGGUCUUGUUUUUUGCACCUGUCAUCUUUAUUUACAUAAGACCUGCCACAACCUUACCAGAAGAUAAAGUGUUUACACUCUUUUAUACAGUCAUUGUCCCCAUGCUCAACCCCCUUAUCUACACACUGAGAAACAAAGAAAUGAAAAACGCCAUAAAGAAAGUGUGGUCAAAAAUCUUUCUGAAAAAUAAAAGAAGUGAGAGAUAA